UCUACAGUGGGCGUAUGAGCUGGGCCAGGCCAGUGAGACCAAGGUGUCUGUUCCUCUCCAUGGAUGUGAACACUUCUACCUGCUCUCCAAACCUCUACCAGAGCCUCUACAGCCCAGCACCCCAGUGGUGAUGGAUAUGGACGGGAGGAUCUAUGUGAGAGCAUGGCAGGGAGGGGUCCUGUCUGGAGGAUUUGAGAAGAACCCUAAACCCAUCUUCACCGAGGGACGUAACCAGCUGGAGAUUCAGACCAUGCAGGAGGACUGGGACCACUUCGAACCCAUGCUGUCAGCCCUGUUGAGGAGGAUGCCAGAACUAGAGGUGUGUGAGAUCCAGCAGCUGGUCAACUGUCCUGAGUCGUUCACCCCAGACAUGCGCUGUCUGAUGGGGGAGACACCGGGGGUGCACGGCUACUUCGUCCUGGCUGGAAUGAAUGCCUCUGGCCUGGCCUUCGCUGGCGGAGCAGGAAAGUACCUGGCAGAGUGGAUGACGUAUGGUUACCCCACGGCUAACGUCUGGCCGCUGGACAUCAAACGCUUCGGCAACCUUCAGAGCAGCCGAACCUUCCUCCGACACAGGGUCAUGGAGGUCAUGCCCCUGCUGUAUAACCUAAAGGUUCCCCGUUGGGACUUCCAGACGGGCCGUCAGCUGAGGACUUCUCCCCUGUACGACCGCCUGGACACACAGGGAGCCAGAUGGAUGGAGAAACACGGCUUUGAGAGGGCCAAGUACUUCAUCCCUGCAGGGAAGGACCUGCUGUCCCUGGAUGCCAGUAAGACGUUCUAUAAGCCUGACUGGUUUGACAUCGUGGGGGCGGAGGUGAAAUGCUGCAAGGAGGCCGUCUGUGUCAUCGACAUGUCCUCCUUCACCAAGUUUGAGCUCACUUCUACAGAUGACCAGGCGUUGGCGUUGCUGCAGCACCUGUGUGCCAAUGACCUCGAUGUCCCAGUGGGUCACAUCGUUCAUACGGGCAUGCUGAACGAGAGGGGUGGAUAUGAAAACGACUGCAGCGUGGUCAGAGUCAAGAAGAACAGCUUCUUCAUCAUCUCUCCUACAGAUCAGCAGGUCCACUGCUGGUCGUGGUUGAAGAAGCACAUGCCCGACGACCCACAGCUCCACCUAGAGGACGUCAGCUGGAAGUACACUGCGCUGAAUCUUAUUGGUCCGCGGGCGAUGGACGUCCUAGGAGAACUAUCGUAUGUCUCCAUGACUCCCGAACACUUCCCGUCCCUCUUCUGUAAGGAAAUGAGUGUGGGCUACGCCAAUGGGAUCCGAGUAAUGAGUAUGACCCAUACAGGAGAGCCGGGCUUCAUGCUUUACAUACCUAUAGAGUAUGCGCUCCAUGUCUACAACGAGGUGAUGUCAGUGGGCCAGAAGUAUGGGAUCCGUAACGCUGGCUACUACGCCCUGCGUUCUCUCCGAAUAGAGAAGUUCUUUGCCUUCUGGGGUCAGGACCUGGAUCCUUUCACCACUCCCCUGGAGUGUGGACGGGAGUUCAGGGUCAAGUUUGACACGGACAUAGACUUCCUGGGUCGAGCGUCUCUGCUGCAUCAGCGUCAGGAGGGGGUGAGCCGUCGCUUCAUCAUGUUGGUCCUGGAGGAUCAUGACACAGAGCUGGACCUGUGGCCCUGGUGGGGAGAACCCAUCUACAGGAAUGGGGAGCUGUGUGGUACCACCACCUCCUCUGCCUACUCCUACACCCUGGAGAGACACGUGUGUCUGGGCUUUGUCUCGCCGCCCUCCCUGGACGGCUCCCCUGCCGCGGUGACCCCAGACUUCAUCAACAGGGGAGAUUACGAGGUGGAUAUAGCAGGACAGAGAUACCCAGCCAAGGCGAAGCUGUACCCCUUCAGCUCUCUGUUCGCCCAGCAGAGACGACGCAAAGAUGAGAUGGAGCUCAGUAACUUUCAGGGCAAAUGAGGAGGAGGAAGGAAUGUAGGAUCUAAGAAGAGGGGUCUGAGGGGUGAACUCCUCCAGACAUGACCCUUUGACCUUUCUCGCGCUCCAUCCUUCUG